UUCUUCUUCCUCUUCUUCUGUUGUUGCAGCAACCGUGACUGUUCUUCCGAAUAACCGUGACUAUUCGGAACAUACAGUUACAACUGCAACAACAGAAAUGGGAUUUCAUAGAGCGAGAGGCCAUCAAUCCCAUCAUCAUCCGCAAGGGUUGUCACUUAGUCUUUCCUCUCAACAACUUCCGUUUAGGUCUUUUGCCAACGCCGGUGGGGCUUUGAAUAGUAGUAUACAAAGUGUUGUACUUGGAUCCAAGUUUCUGAAAGUGGCACAGGAGCUUCUUGAUGAAGCCGUUAACGUGGGUAACGAUAAUAAGGUGGAUUAUUCCAACAAUAAAGAGAAGAUGAAAGGGAAUAAAAAUGUUGAAUCCACGUCUGAUGGUGGCGGUGAUGAUAAUAGAUCAAGUGGUGGGGGCGACGGUGAAAAUAGUGGUGGUGACAACAAGCAAGGAAGUGAACUCAACACUGCUCAAAGACAAGAGCUUCAUAUGAAUAAGUCCAAGCUUGUUACCAUGCUUGAUGAGGUGGAGCAAAGAUACCGAGAGUACAAGCAACAAAUGCAAAUUGUGACGUCAUCAUUUGAGGAAGCAGCUGGUUAUGGAGCUGCAAGAACAUACACAGCACUUGCAUUGAAGACAAUAUCGAAGCAAUUUCGGUGCCUAAAAGAUGCAAUAUCUUUGCAGAUCAAAACGACUGGCAAGACGCUAGGUGAAGACAACUGCAUGGGAGUUAAAGUCGAGGGUUCAAGGCUUAGAUUCAUUGAUCACAAUCUCCGGCAACAAAGGGCGCUUCAACAGUUGGGAAUGAUACAACACAAUGCUUGGAGACCACAAAGAGGAUUGCCCGAACGAGCGGUUUCUAUUCUUCGAGCUUGGCUUUUCGAACAUUUUCUUCACCCUUAUCCAAAGGACUCCGAUAAGGUUAUGCUUGCAAGACAAACUGGACUUACUCGGAGCCAGGUAUCAAACUGGUUUAUAAAUGCCCGAGUUAGGCUAUGGAAACCAAUGGUUGAAGAAAUGUACUUAGAAGAAAUUAAGGAUCAAGAACACAACAACAAUAAUGGCUCCCAAGAUGAUGAUGAUGAUGACACUAACACCGCCAACAAGAAGAAGAAGCAGCUAAUAAGAGAAUCAUCAAACAAGGAAUUAUGGUCAUCAUCAUCAUCACAAUUAGAACAACCACCAUGUAGUAGUAGUGUCAUUAGACUUGACCACUUAAACUCCAACCAAAACACCACUACUCCAAUAACUGAGAUCUCAGCAAAUUCCAACAACAAUUCAAUCUCAACAUCUCCAUUGAAUCUAAGGAAUCCUCAUCAUGAGAUUAUGAACUCUCCAGGUACCAUUCUUUCUGUGGACAUGGAAAUGAAGCCGAUAAGAGAGACAAAUAGCAACAACAACAACAACCACCUAAAUUUUGGAAUUGAAUUAGGGAACCCUAAUAAAGACGGUUACCCUUUGAUGGCUUCUUUUGGGAAUGAAAACCACGACGGUGGCGGGGGUAGCGGUAGCGGUUAUGGUUCUACUACAUUCUCCAUGGAAGACAUUGGAAGGUUCCAUCAACAAUUGGUGGCUCCAAGGUUCCAUGGGAAUGGUGUUUCACUCACUCUAGGGCUUCCACCAAGUGAUAACAACAACACCAACAAUAACUUUCCAUCCCAACAAGUAGAGUUUCUCUCCUCACACAACAUGCAUUUGGGAGGAGGAGGAGGAGGAGGAGGAAGGAUUCAUCAUCAUCAUCACGAGAUUGAAGCAGCAACCAAUGAUGAUGAGUUUUGUGGAAUGAAGAACAAUGCCACAACACCUUCUUCUCAUUCAGGAACAAGUUAUGAUCAUAACAACAACAACAUUGACAUGUGGGGUCAGUUUUGGAGGGUCUGAUAAGUUGACAUUGGAUUUUCUUGGAGUUGGAGGAAUGGUAAGAAAUAUCAACACUGGUGCAACAACACAUGCAUUUUCACAAACACAUAGAGAGCAACAACAACAAGGAAUGAUGAGUACCUUGAGUUCUUUGGAUUCGGACCUGAAAUCAGCACAAUCAGCCACACCAAGCCACCGUUUUUGAAGUUAGUUCUUCAUCUCUGCAAUGAUCAAGGAAAAUAAUUAAAUUAAAUUAAAAACAGACAAUGUUAGUUGUUUUACGUAUGAACUUGUUCAAAAACAAUUGUUCUUUAUUAUUUUUUUUCUUUUUCUCUAAUUGGCACAUUAUGACAUUAGGGUUUCAAUUCCAAAAACCGCAAUCCUUGUAGUAG